AUGGCUGCGGACGAGAAGGGCCCCGCCGCGGGCAGGGCGCCCGGCUUCGGCAAGGCGCCUCUUCCUCCCGACACAGCGGCUCCGGCCCUCGGCUCAGGGAGCUGCACCCCCCAGUCCCUCGCCCUGGCCCAGCCCGUGCCCGCGGGGCACCCCGACCUCAGGCUGCUGCCUGGAGAAGCCGCUUUCCAGGAUUUGACCGAAGAGCCUUUGUUGAAAAGGCCUCGCACCGCCUGCGAGGCCGCGUGGGAAGGCAGCCUGCUCGUCCACCCCUUUCCCAGGAAGCUGUGGGCGAUCGUCAACAGCAGUGGCUUUGAAUCCAUUUGUUGGAAUGAAGACGGGACUUGCAUAGGCAUCAACAGGCCGCUGUUUCAAAAGGAGGUUUUGGACAGGGACGGCCUGGGCAAGGUGUUCAAGACAGAACGUAUGAAGAGCUUCAUUCGCCAGCUUAACCGCUAUGGAUUCAGCAAAGUGUACCAGGAGAUGCACACGUCCCUCUGCGUGCCCAACCUGUCCACGGAGGAGCGGCCCGCCCACGUCCUGAGCGAG